AUGCCCGCAACGGAAUACCAGGGUUCUUCCGUUCACUUAGCAUUUUUAAGCCGCCCGAUCCUCAGUAUCCGCAGAAACCAAAUCAUUUCCAUGGAAGGAAACUCUGACCAAGAUGAUUCUGAACUCUUCCAGAAACAUGUCUCUGAACGCUUCCUCGAUCUCUCCUCUUCCCCCACCUCUACCACUACCACUACCACCUCCUCCGACGCUGCUGCCGCCACCUCCACCACCACCAACGAUGUCGACAACUUCCUUUCCAUCGCUUGGCUCCGGAAGCUUCUCGAUGUCUUCCUCUGUUGUGAAGCAGAGUUCAAGGCUGUUAUCUUCCUCGGUCGCGAUGCUUCCCAAAUCAGCAAACCUCCCCUCGAUCGCCUUACCCCUGAAUUGCUCGAUCGGACGGUCAAAGCCCUCGACAUUUGCAACGCUAUCACCCACGGCAUCGAGAUGAUCCGCAAUUGGCAGAAGCUGGCUGAGAUCGCACUCUUGGCACUCAAGCAGAGUCCUCUAGGAGAAGGCCAGGUUCGGCGCGCCAAGAAGGCUUUGAAUUCAUUGCUCUCCUCCAUGACUAUCGACGACAAGGACGCUGUCAGCAGCAGGACGGCGGAUCGGGCAUGGUCUUUUGGCCGGAGAGGAUCAGGUGCCGCUGCAGCAGCCGCUGCCGCAGUCGCUGCCGCCAAGGAGCGCACUGCCGGACCUCCCCGGCUGUUCACUUCGUGGAGCGUUCCGAAGAGCUGGUCAGCUUCCAAACAAAUCCAGGCGAUGUGCUCCAAUCUAAUGAUGCCACGUGGGACGGACCCCACGGGAAUGGCCAUGCCGGUCUUCAUCAUGAGCACCGUUCUGGUGUUCGUAACGUGGACCUUGGUGGCGACGAUUCCGUGUCAGGAUCGGUCCGGACUCCUGAGUCACUUCGCGCUGCCUAGGCAGCUGAGCUGGGCGGGACCCAUAAUUGGUUUGCAAGAAAGGAUCGCAGAGGAAUGGAAGAAGAAGGAGAAGAAGAAAUCCACUGGGUUACUGGAUGAGAUGCAGAGGUUGGAGAAGUGCGGCCAAUUGUUGAUAGAGUUCGCAGACUCAAUUCAGUUCCCGGCGGAAGAGGAGAAAUUGGAGGAGAUAAGUGUGCAGGUGACUGAGUUGGCGGAGAUGUGUAGGAAGAUGGAGGAAGGAUUACUUCCAUUACAGAGGCAACUCAGAGAAAUGUUUCACCGGAUCGUGAGGAGCAGGACAGAGAUCCUUGAUGUCUUGGAACAAAACGAAAAAUAUUACUCACCGGUUUUGUAA